GGGGUGGGGCUUUCGCGCGCCGGUCACGUGAGCCUCUGUUGACACUUCCGGGUGGGACGAGAGUGAGGCGGUGGACUGGUUCGGCUCCGGGGUCGCAGGCAUGGCAUACCACGGCCUCACUGUGCCUUUGAUCGUGAUGAGCGUGUUCUGGGGCUUCGUGGGCCUCCUCGUGCCCUGGUUUAUCCCCAAGGGUCCUAACCGGGGAGUUAUCAUCACCAUGUUGGUGACCUGUUCCGUUUGCUGCUAUCUCUUUUGGCUGAUUGCGAUUCUGGCGCAGCUCAAUCCUCUGUUUGGACCACAGUUGAAAAAUGAAACCAUCUGGUAUCUGAAGUAUCACUGGCCUUGAGGAUGAAGGCAUGCUGCACAGUGCAGGCACUGAGGUCACAGCUAGAAGCCUUCUAGAUACAGAAUCACCUGCACACCGACCUCCUUCCUCGACAGCCUACUUCGGCCAUUACCUGCCUUACACUUGAAGGCCUUCCUCUGCAUACAGUAUUUUUUCUCCUUCACCUUUUUUACACUUUGAAUUAUGUGCCUGCAUAGCUGACUUUGAGAUGUGUCUCUGCACUCGACUGAGAGAAAAGGUGCUGUUCUGGGAAAUCUGUUACUCUUGUCUUGAAGCCUGCCACUUUGAAUAUGGCUCUUGCCUGCUCACAACAUGAGAGUCAGCGAUGUGUUUAAGAAUUGCUGCAAGACAAAUGAGACUCAGUGGGACAGUCAGGAGUGCCUGCUCGAGAGAAGCUCUACCCCAGCAGAUGUACACCAAACUCUAUUUUCAGGAUGAAUUUCUUACUUCUACAUCUUUUGGAAUAAAUUAUUUUUCUUCUUUCUAUGG